GAAAAUAGAUUUCGGGGUGGUUUAAAUAUAGUAGACUGGUUAUUCGGGUGUGUCAAGCGACUUGCCAGACCUGCAUUUCGGUGUCGUUGCACUGGUCGGGUUCUCUUCGAUUACUAAACACCUUCAUGGUUCUUAUCUCGAUGUCUGCGAUAUGGUUUAAUUAAAAUAAGUCUCUUUUUCGGAAUCGCUAGAUGGUCGGAACCUGUUAGGUAAUAUUUUCGAAAAGACAUAUUAUUUUGAUUCUUUUUAAAGUGGAUAGCCGCAAACGAAACGUAAGACACAGUAUUAGGGCCUCAACGGAAACAUGAGGUUGACUGCUAGCAUCUGCCUGGCUGUGCUAGCCUUUGCGACGUUGACGAAUUGGUCGCAUGUACAAGCUCAAAUAUGUCCCGACCGCUUGGAUGUGAUUUUUGUUCUCGACGGGUCUCAAAGCGUGGGAUUCCAGAACUGGGAGAAGGUGAAGACGAUUGUACAGGACUUCAUCACCCAAACCAGUGCCACUGCGAGUGAGGCCCGGUUUGGUGUGAUCGUCUACAGCACAAGCGUGGCGCCAGAUGGGAAAAUAGAACUCGCAACGGGCACGGCAAUACUGAACAGAGUCAAGUUCCUGAGAUACCCAGCACAGGGCACAUACACCCAUUUAGGUAUCGACGAGGCAAGGAAGAUGUUCUCCAGGACAAAAAUCAAUGGCAUCCCACAGUUAAUGGUUGUCAUCACAGACGGUCUGUCGUUUGACCAGACGAAAACAGCUUCUGCAGCAGACACAGCCAGAAGAGCAGGAAUCGAAAUCUACGCUGUGGGUAUCGUCACUGCUGGCUCGCCUCUCAGCAAGAGAAGGUUUACUCGGGAAUUGUUGGCUAUUGGUUUGACGAAAAAUAACACAGUUGAGUUAGUAGACUUCAACAGCCUCACCACGUCGCUUCUCACGCAGUUGACUCCAGUUUGCGUGGGUGGUGCAGUGAACGGACAGUGGUCAGCCUGGAUUAGAUCGAAUGUUGGCUUCUGUCAAUCAAACUGUCAGAGAUCCGUGUCCUUGACAAGAACUUGUACAAACCCCGCCCCCUCAGGAGGCGGACAGCAGUGUAGUGGAGUCACUAGUGACACCAUCACAGAAUCCUGUUCAGGAGGCAACUGUCGUAUAGUGAAUGGACAGUGGUCAGCCUGGACUAGGACGACUGUUGGCUUCUGUGAAUCAGCCUGUAAAAGAACUGUGACCGUGACAAGAUCUUGUACAAACCCCGCCCCGUCAGGAGGGGGACAGCAGUGUAGUGGGGCCAGUACUGAUACCAUCCGAGAAGAUUGUACAGGAGGCUCGUGUCGUACAGUGGAUGGACAAUGGUCAGCCUGGGUUAGAUCGAAUGUUGGCUUCUGUCAGACAAACUGUCAGAGAACUGUGUCCUUGACAAGAACGUGUACAAAUCCUGCCCCCUCAGGAGGAGGGAGGGACUGUAGUGGACCCAGUAGUGAUACUAUCAGAGAAGCCUGCACUGGCGGAAGCUGCGGUCCAGCAGUGAAUGGACAGUGGUCAGCAUGGUUCAGACAGAGGGUUGACUUCUGUCAAUCAAACUGUAAGAGAACCGUGUCCCUGACAAGAACUUGUACAAACCCCGCCCCCUCAGGAGGAGGGCUACAGUGUAGUGGCGCCAGCAGCGAUACCAUCAGUGAAGAUUGUACAGGAGGCAACUGUUUUAGAGUGAAUGGACAGUGGUCAGCAUGGUUCAGACAGAGGGUUGAUUUCUGUCAAUCAAACUGUAAGAGAACCGUUUCCCUGACCAGAUCUUGUACAAACCCCGCCCCCUCAGGAGGAGGGCUGCAGUGUAGUGGACCCAGUAGCGACACCAUCAGUGAAGAUUGUACAGGAGGCAACUGUCGUGGAGUGAAUGGACAGUGGUCAGCAUGGUUCAGACAGAGGGUUGACUUCUGUCAAUCAAACUGUAAGAGAACCGUGUCCCUGACAAGAACUUGUACAAACCCCGCCCCCUCAGGAGGAGGGCUGCAGUGUAGUGGAGCCAGUAGCGACACCAUCAGUGAAGAUUGUACAGGAGGCAACUGUCAAAGAGUGAAUGGACAGUGGUCAGCAUGGUUCAGACAGAGGGUUGACUUCUGUCAAUCAAACUGUAAGAGAACCGUGUCCCUGACAAGAUCUUGUACAAACCCCGCCCCCUCAGGAGGAGGACUACAGUGUAGUGGAGCCAGUAGCGACACCAUCAGUGAAGAUUGUACAGGAGGCAACUGUCGUGGAGUGAAUGGACAGUGGUCAGCAUGGUUCAGACAGAGGGUUGACUUCUGUCAAUCAAACUGUAAGAGAACCGUGUCCCUGACAAGAACUUGUACAAACCCCGCCCCCUCAGGAGGAGGGCUGCAGUGUAGUGGAGCCAGUAGCAACACCAUCAGUGAAGAUUGUACAGGAGGCAACUGUCGUGGAGUGAAUGGACAGUGGUCAGCAUGGUUCAGACAGAGGGUUGACUUCUGUCAAUCAAACUGUAAGAGAACCGUGUCCCUGACAAGAACUUGUACAAACCCCGCCCCCUCAGGAGGAGGGCUGCAGUGUAGUGGAGCCAGUAGCGACACCAUCAGUGAAGAUUGUACAGGAGGCAACUGUCAAAGAGUGAAUGGACAGUGGUCAGCAUGGUUCAGACAGAGGGUUGACUUCUGUCAAUCAAACUGUAAGAGAACCGUGUCCCUGACAAGAUCUUGUACAAACCCCGCCCCCUCAGGAGGAGGACUACAGUGUAGUGGAGCCAGUAGCGACACCAUCAGUGAAGAUUGUACAGGAGGCAACUGUCGUGGAGUGAAUGGACAGUGGUCAGCAUGGUUCAGACAGAGGGUUGACUUCUGUCAAUCAAACUGUAAGAGAACCGUGUCCCUGACAAGAACUUGUACAAACCCCGCCCCCUCAGGAGGAGGGCUGCAGUGUAGUGGAGCCAGUAGCAACACCAUCAGUGAAGAUUGUACAGGAGGCAACUGUCGUGGAGUGAAUGGACAGUGGUCAGCAUGGUUCAGACAGAGGGUUGACUUCUGUCAAUCAAACUGUAAGAGAACCGUGUCCCUGACAAGAACUUGUACAAACCCCGCCCCCUCAGGAGGAGGGCUGCAGUGUAGUGGAGCCAGCAGCGACACCAUCAGUGAAGAUUGUACAGGAGGCAACUGUCUUACAGUGAAUGGACAGUGGUCAGCAUGGUUCAGACAGAGGGUUGACUUCUGUCAAUCAGACUGUAAGAGAACCGUGUCCCUGACAAGAACUUGUACAAACCCCGCCCCCUCAGGAGGAGGGCUGCAGUGUAGUGGACCCACUAGUAACACUAUCAGAGAAGUUUGUACAGGAGGCAACUGUCGUACAGUGAAUGGACAGUGGUCAGCAUGGUUCAGACAGAGGGUUGACUUCUGUCAAUCAGACUGUAAGAGAACCGUGUCCCUGACGAGAACUUGUACAAACCCCGCCCCCUCAGGAGGAGGGCUACAGUGUAGUGGACCCACUAGUAACACCAUCAGAGAAGUUUGUACAGGAGACAACUGUCGUACAGUGAAUGGACAGUGGUCAGCAUGGAAUAGGCAGACUGUUGGCUUUUGUCAAUCAACUUGUAAGAGGACUGUGUCCUUGACAAGAUCUUGUACAAACCCCGCUCCCUCAGGAGGCGGACAACAGUGUAUGGGAUCCACUAGUAACACCAUCACAGAAGAUUGUACAGGAGGCAACUGCAAUGGAGCGAAUGUAAAUGGACAGUGGUCAAGCUGGAUCAGACAGGUUGGCCCCUGCCAAUCCAACUGUAAGAGAACUGUCUCUUUGACCAGAACUUGUACAAAUCCCGCCCCCUCGGGAAGCGGACAGCAGUGUAGUGGAUCCAAUAGCAACAGCAUCACAGAAGAUUGUACAGGAGGCAGCUGUCGUAUAGUUGAUGGACAAUGGGCAGCGUGGUCCAGAAUCAGGGUUGGCAGUUGUGGAUCGAACUGCCGGAGAAGCGUGGACCUGACGAGAACUUGUACAAACCCCGCCCCUUCAGGAGGAGGGAAGGAAUGUAGUGGGCUCAGCACUAGCACCAUCAACGAAGUCUGUACAGGAGGCGCAUGUGUGGCAGAGAUUGGUCUGUGGUCGCAGUGGGCGUCAGGUGCUGCCGGUCGAUGCUCAGCCACAUGCAGCAGGUCAGUAAGUCGAACUAGAACGUGUACCCCCAGUGCUGGAGGGGUACAAGGUUGCAAAGGUUCCAACUCUGAUACCAUCUUCGAGGCUUGCACAGGAGACGACUGCCCCACUAUAGGUUGCCCAUUUGAUGUACUUUUCGUGGUGGAUGAAUCCGAACUCAUGCGUGAUUCAAGAUAUACAGACUCCAACGGGAACAUUGGAUUCAAAAGAGUCAAUAACCAAAUAGUGUCGUAUCUGGAAGCAAUGGCCAGAAACAACCCAUCUAGCGUGGCAAAGGCUGGUUACAUCACCAUUGGAAUGAACCAAGGGUCGAGGAGAGCUGCUCGCCAGAUCGUAGCUCUGAAUGCGGACAUGAAUGCUGUCACGACGGCCAUUAAUGGUGUCAUCCAUCAAGAUAUUGCCCUUAUUUGGUCUCAGAUAAUAGCCAGUCUCCCUAAUCUUAUUCCUAAAGGGUCCAAGGUCAUAAUAAUUACUGCUACGGAAGUUUCUGCUAGUGAGAGAGCAUCCACAGCCGUGGCAUUCAGUAGUGUUGAUGCAGACUUCUUUGCCAUUGGUUUGCCAUUCAAGAAAACCCUGACUACUGAUGGACUUGCGCCGCUGGCCACCAAAACAGAAAAUAUUCGUGUCCUGAGUACUUUUACUGACACAUCCAUCCUAUCCACACUGCAAUCAUUCUUACCUUCAGAAUGUCCAAAAGCAGUUACAGGAGUUUGCGGCAAUGUCAUGGAUGUUGUCGUUGUUGUGGAUGGAUCCUUCAGUAUAACACCUGGGGUAUUUAACGGUGUUCUCAAAACCACCCUGAUUGGCCUCACCGACAACCUGUUUGGUAUGGGUAGAGAUAUGAAGAUUGGUCUGGUUCUCUACAGUGGGCAAGUGGAUGAUACGAUCCCUCUCACUAACUCAAUUGCUACUGUCAAACAGAGCAUCACUGCCUCACCUAUCCAAACGGUGCAACUUGGACACAUCUGGGAAUCAAGGCCGCUAGGGAGAUGUUUGCACAAUCUGGCAGAGCAGAUGCUACCAAGCUUAUGAUCGUAAUCACUGACGGGGAAUCGGCCAGACAGGCAUUGACUCAACAAGAAGCCACCCUUGCCAAGGAUAAAAAAUAACCAUCUAUGCCGUAGGCGUGGGCCAAACUGCAGAUACAGAACUAAAGGGAAUGGCA